AUGGGACGCGGCGGCGCUCCCGACACGGACGGGAACGAUGCCGCCCCGCUGCUGGCGUCGACCGUCUCGUCAUCCGGCGCGAAGAACAGGAAGAACCCGGUGACCGGCAAGCCCGACACCUACGGCGGGUCCAGCGAUUUCCAGGAGGAUGACCCCAACCUCUACAUGGGCGUCCCCAAGUCGGAGCUCUUGAACACUCCCGAGGAGGGCCUGUCCGAGACGGAGGCGUCGCACCGCCUCACGCGCUUCGGGUACAAUAAGCUGCGCGAGAAGGAGGAGAACAUCUGGUGGAAGCUCUUCCUCGAGUUUGUCCAGCCGAUGCCCUUGAUGAUCUGGGCCGCGAUCGCGAUCGAGACCCUCGAGGCGUUCCUCAAAACCAGCCGCGGCGAGGACGCCAGCGACUCGUGGAUCGACGUCGUCGUCCUCGUCAUCCUCCAGCUCCUCAACGUCCUCGUCGGCUUCAUCGAGGAGCUCAAAGCCGGCGACGCCAUCGCCGCGUUGCGCGAGUCGCUCAAGCCCGAGGCUACCGUGAAGCGCGGGGGCCGCGUCUACAACAUGGACGCGACGGAGCUGGUCCCCGGUGAUAUCGUGUGCCUCGGCGCGGGCGGCGCGAUCCCUGCCGACUGCAUCCUCCGCGAGGGAAAGCCCAUCCAGGUUGACCAGGCGGCGCUCACUGGCGAAUCGCUCCCGGUGACGAUGCACGCCGGAGCCGAGGCAAAGAUGGGAUCGACGGUGACCCGCGGCGAGAUCGAGGCCACCGUCUCCGCCACCGGCUCCCAGACCUUCUUCGGCAAGACCGCGGACCUCGUGCAGGGCGUGGACGAGCUCGGACACUUUGAGAAGGUGCUCCGCGAGAUCAUGAUCAUCCUGGUCGCCGCGGGUUCCAUCAUCUGUUUCAUCGUGUUUUGCUACCUGCUCAACAUCGGCGUCGACUUCUGGGAGGUGCUCGCGUUCAACGUCGUCCUCCUCGUCGCCUCCAUCCCCAUCGCCCUGCGUGUCGUGUGCACCACGACCCUCGCCCUGGGUUGCCACGAGCUCGCCGCCGAGAAGGCCAUCGUCGCGCGCCUCUCCUCCGUCGAGGAGCUCGCGGGCAUGACCAUCCUCUGCUCCGACAAGACGGGCACCCUGACCCUCAACAAGAUGAUGCUUCAGGAAGAUCUUCCCAUCUUCGUCAAGGGUCUGAGCAGGGACGACGUGCUCCAGCUCGCGGCGCUCGCCGCCAAGUGGUGGGAGCCCCCCAAGGAUGCGCUCGACACCCUCGUGCUCAACGCGGUUGACAUUCGUACCCUCAACGACUACGACCAGACGGACUACAUGCCCUUCGAUCCCACGAUCAAGCGCACGGAGUCUACCGUGGUGAACAAGAAGACGGGUAAGGGGAUGAAGGUGACCAAGGGUGCGCCCAACGUCGUGCUGGACAUGUGCGACAACAAGGCGCAGGUUGCGGCUCAGGUCGAGUCCAAGGUUAUGGAGCUCGCGCACCGCGGCAUCCGCUCCCUCGCGGUCGCGCGCACCGUGGGCUCCCCCAACGGACCCCUCGAGUUUGUCGGUAUCCUCACCUUCCUCGACCCGCCCAGACCCGACACCAAGCACACCAUCGACUGCGCCGACGACUUUGGCGUCGCCGUGAAGAUGAUCACCGGCGACCACAAGGCGAUCGCCGUGGAGACGUGCCGCGUCCUCGGCAUGGGAACCAACGUCUUGGGCACCGACAAGCUCCCUCUGAUGCAGGCACAGGACCUCGAGAAGUGCACCACGCUCGGCAGGGACUACGGCGAGCUCUGCCGCGGCGCCGACGGCUUUGCGCAGGUUUACCCCGAGCACAAGUACCUCAUUGUCGAGGCGCUCCGCCAGCAGGGCUUCCUCGUGGGAAUGACCGGCGACGGCGUGAACGACGCGCCCGCGCUCAAGCGCGCGGACGUUGGCAUCGCGGUGCAGGGUGCGACGAACGCGGCGCAGGCGGCGGCAGACAUCGUGCUCACCGAGCCCGGUCUCUCCACCAUUGUCACCGCCAUUGUCACCAGUCGCAAGAUUUUCCAGCGCAUGAAGAACUUCGUGAUUUACCGAAUCGCGUGCACCGAGCAGCUCCUGCUCUUCUUCUUCUGGUCAUGCAUCUUCUACCACCCGAGCGAGUACAACGAGGACUGGCCCUCCUAUUUUUACAUCCCCGUCAUUGCGCUGGUCACCAUCACCAUCCUCAACGACGGCACCAUCAUCUCCGUCGCGUACGACAACGUGCACGCGUCGCAGCUGCCGGAGAAGUGGGAUCUCAACAUCCUCUACAUCGUGUCCUCGGCGAUUGGCAUGACUGCUCUGCUGUCCUCGCUGAUUCUUCUGUCCUACGCGCUGUCGUCCGUCGACCCGAACAGCAGCUGGGCGGCCAUGGGCCUACCCCAGCUGUCGUACGGCGAGAUUCAGUGCCUGAUGUACCUGAAGAUUUCGCUGUCGGAUUACUUCUCCGUGUUUAACUCGCGGUGCAAGGGCUGGAUGUGGACUCGCGCGCCCUCGGUGGUGCUCGUCGGUGCGUUCAUUCUCGCCACCUUCGCCUCCACCAUGCUCAGCGUGUACUGGCCCUUCGGCAACGGCAUGGAGGGCAUCAGCUGGGCGCUCGCCUUCUACGUGUGGAUGUACGUGAUGUUCUGGGCCAUUGUGCAGGACGCGGCGAAGGUGCUGACGUACGCCGUGCUGCAGAACAUCGGGUGGGUGCAGAGCGUCGACGUCAUCGACGAGGCGGCGCUCAAGAGGAGUAGGGAUCAGCUGUUCGACGUCCAGAUUGGCUGAUGAUCAGCGGACGAAAAAAUGUGGGGUGCGUGUGAACACGCUAGAAAAUUUUGAAGGGGGCCGCGGGUUUGUCUACCCAGCUCCCUUGAUAUGCCUUUGCUCCUCGCGGCGGACGCGCGUCCGCCACGAUCUGUCAAUACCAUUGAAUUUUAUUCGCUAAAACAC